GAAAAAUCUUGCAAUUCACGGCCAGAACAUUAAUUCAUACACACGACAAAUUUUAGAAGAGGAUGCAGACCUCAAACAGAGUUGGAUUGACUUAUUCCAGGGUCAAGAUCUAACACUUUUGCAGCCUUUAUACAUUGAAGUUGUGAGCCUCUUUACCAGAGUUCUCGUGAAACAGUUUCGAAAGGACUUUGUAAGCGAGCUUGCCAUCGAAAAAAAGGAAGCCUUGAGGAAGAAAGUUGACAAGCGAGAAUCAGAAAAGUUAACAUUUCAAAGUGUUUGCGAAGACACCAGUCUUGGGAAACAGCAUUCUCAUCACUUGAUUUUGAGCACAAUCCAAG